GGCGCAUUCAAUUGUUUGACACAGACAAGCAUUCAGGAGUGACAUGGCGUCGACAAGCCGCGGAGAUGCCCUCGCCCUUCCCAGAGUUCAGUGUCCCAACCACCCUGAUGCCAUCCUGGUGGAGGACUACAGAGCAGGGGACAUGAUCUGCCCCGAAUGUGGCCUUGUAGUAGGUGACCGUGUAAUCGACGUCGGCUCAGAGUGGAGAACCUUCUCCAAUGAGAAAGCUCUCAAAGAUCCCUCCAGAGUGGGAGAUGCUCAGAACCCCCUGCUCAACGGGGGAGACCUCACCACCAUGAUCAGCAAGGGAACCGGCUCCGCUAGUUUCGAUGAGUUCGGUAACUCCAAGUACCAGAACCGGCGGACCAUGAGCAGCUCGGACCGGGCCAUGCUCAACGCCUUCAAAGAGAUCACCACCAUGGCCGACCGCAUCAACCUGCCAAGGAACAUCAUAGACAGAACCAACAACCUGUUCAAGCAGGUCUAUGAACAGAAGAGCCUGAAGGGCCGAGCCAACGAUGCCAUCGCCUCCGCCUGCCUCUACAUCGCCUGCAGACAGGAAGGAGUACCGAGGACGUUCAAAGAGAUCUGCGCCGUCUCCCGGAUCUCCAAGAAGGAGAUCGGCAGAUGCUUCAAGCUGAUCCUGAAGGCGCUGGAGACCAGCGUGGACCUGAUCACCACUGGAGACUUCAUGUCCCGCUUCUGCUCCAACCUGGGCCUGCCCAAACAGGUGCAAAUGGCGGCCACCUACAUCGCCAGGAAGGCGGUGGAGCUGGACUUGGUGCCCGGCAGGAGCCCCAUCUCUGUGGCUGCAGCAGCCAUCUACAUGGCCUCCCAGGCCUCCGCCGAGAAGAAGACCCAGAAAGAAAUCGGGGAUAUUGCCGGCGUUGCAGACGUUACGAUCCGACAGUCAUACCGCCUCAUCUACCCCCGCGCCGCAGAACUCUUCCCUACAGACUUCAAAUUCGACACACCCGUCGACAAGCUGCCCCAACUGUGAAGCCUGCGUGCCCCCCCACACAGCCACGAUAUUUCUCUGCUGUACUUACAGGAUUGUAUUCUUUCUUUAGAAUCGUAUUUGUGUUGGAUUUGGAAGACUUCUUGCCUUUGCCGAGGCGCCCUCACAGGAAUAAAACGGACACAUUCCAGUGCUUAAAAACAAAUGCUUGCAGACUGUAUCAUGUAUAUAUGUCCAAGUGAGAACAUGUAUUUGAUUGCAAUUUUAGGCUGGUUUCAUAUUGUAAACAUAAAACUUUGUUUUUUGUAGAAAAAUGACCUGGUUCUAUUUUGUUAGUUAGAAUUGUUCUAAGUAAUUUAAAAAAUAAAUACAAGAUUUUCAUCAAAGCAUGGAAAUCAGCUCAUUAAACGUUUGUUUACAUGAAA